UUGUGGAGAUUGUAUGUCGUUCAUAAAAACGUAUCAUAAAACCAUUUAUUGAUACGAUUUAGAGGCCUAUUAAGUAUUAGGAACAAUAGUGUCAAUAAGCUACUAUGAAACAUUUACAUUUUGUUCCGAUAUUAUUGUAAUAAAUCAAAAAAAUAUUCAAUAAACUGCGGAUUGUUUUGGUUCCACUCACGUCUAUUGAUUUAUUGUAAGCCAGUGACCUGUUUUUCGUAUUUGUUAUGUGAAUCUCGUAAAUAAUUAAUAGUAAUAGUGAGAGGUCAGUGUCCGAGUAAUUAGUAAUGAUCCCUUGAAACUUAUCAGAGAGUGAAUAAGAAUGACAAGAGAACAAAUCAUUGAGUUUUGUGCCGUUUGGUAAUUAUUAGAUUAAAAUCUGUUAUUUCGUUAUGGUGUAUUAUCCACAAUGAUGACACCCAUCGAGGAGAGGAAAGAUGAAAAGAUCCGCACAGGCAUGGUGCAAGUGUCAGACGGCAAGUCGCGGCCGCGGCUGGCGCGGCUCGUCCUCACCAUGGAGUCGGUGACGGUGCAGAGGGAGGUCGUCAUACCCCCGCAGCCGCCCCGAGACAAGAGUGUGCCUCAUGCUAGGGAGCGUAUGGUCCAAAUAACUAGACAGAAAGUUGGCGGAUUGGGGCUCAGUAUAAAGGGUGGGGCAGAACAUAAGUUGCCCAUACUAAUCUCCAAGAUAUACAAAGACCAAGCAGCGGAUCAAACGGGCCAGCUUUUUGUGGGUGACGCUGUUAUUAAAGUGAACGGCGAGUACAUAACGGCGUGCAAGCACGACGACGCCGUGAACAUCCUGCGCAACGCGGGCGACAUCGUCGUGCUCACCGUCAAGCACUACCGCGCCGCCACGCCCUUCCUGCAGAAGCAAGCCGAUGGCGCGUCCGAUACGGACAGUAGUACGGGAGACGAGCACCCCUCUCUACAUAACAAGGUCGAUGCGAAUUGUAACAACGAGCGUCACGGCGAAACGAACGGCGGAUGGCAGAGCGCGUGGGGCGAGUGCGAGGAGGGCAGCCGGCCGGGCAGCGCGGCGGGCUCGGCGCGCGGCUCGCGUCCGCCCUCCGUCGCGUCCGACCGCCUGCCCGACGCCGCGCGCGAGUGGGUCGACGUCGUGUCCGUGCCUCUCAUGAUGGGCUACGUGACUCGGUACGUUUUUGGAACCGACAAGCUAAGGCCGGGUGCGUUUGAGGUGCGCGGCGCGCGGCCGCAGCAGAGCUCGGGCGUGCUGCACGUGGACGACCCCGCCGCGCUGUCGCACUGGCUCAAGAGCAUCUCCGACAACAUCACCGGCCUCACCAACCUGCAGAUGAAGCUGUUCAACCGGCACCUGGCGGGCGGCGAGCGCAUCGAGUACAUGGGCUGGGUGCACGAGGGGCUGGUGUCGGCGGCGCAGCCCUGGCAGAGCUACCGGCCGCGCUUCCUCGUGCUGAAGGGCACGGACGUGAUGCUGUUCGACGUGCCGCCCGCCAACGUGGCCGAGCUGGCCAAGUGCCCCGAGAGCCUCAAGGUGUACCAGACGAUGUUCCGCACGGUGAAGGAGAGCGAGACGGUGGACUGGCGCCAGCACUGCUUCCUGCUGCAGUCCAGCGCCGGCAGCCUGGCGGCGCCCGGCCCGCGGUACUUCAGCGCCGAGACGCGCCACGACCUGCUGCGCCUCGACGCCGCCUGGACCAACAACGUCGUCGCCUCCGUCGUGCGCCUCGGGAAGAAGACGUUUACGGUGGUGCACAUGGGCCGAGCGGCGGGGCUCACGCUGGACUGGUCGUCGGGCUUCUCUCUGAGCGAGGGCACGCCGGGCGCGACGCCCGUGUGGUCCUACAGGUUUUCUCAGUUGAGAGGAUCGAGCGACGAUGGCAAAUCGAAACUGAAAUUACAUUUCCAAGACACCGAAACAAAAGUGAUCGAAACCAAGGAGUUAGAGUGUCAGAUCCUGCAGAGCCUGCUGUUCUGCAUGCACGCCUUCCUGACGGCCAAGGUGGCGUCCGUGGACCCCGCGUUCCUGGCCUCCAUCCAGCACGCCCACUAGCGCCGCCCCUUGUACACUCUGUAACUAAACUCAUUUCCGUACGUUACCGUUUUGUAUUUGACUGGUGACAAAUGUCGGCUUGUAUUCUCUAAAGGUAACCGGUGUGUUUUGUUACACACUGUAUUAUCGUUUCCUCUGUAUGAUAGGAAAUUUGCUGUAAGUUUCUUUUUUUUUAUAUUGUUUCGAUAUUAUCGGAAAAUGACUUGGAAUCUAAAAGGCCUAAGUGUUUUAAAACAGCGAAUAUUUUUAAGACUAUAUCGACUCCUGUGAAUCUCCAACGUUUCUUCCAAUCUUUUAGGAAUCCUAUGUCCGUAGCGAUAAGGUUUAAAUUUGCACGUUUUUAUUAACACUAUGAUACUGUAUAAACUUUGUCAAUUUAUUCUUUAAAAGGGCGGUGGUCAUUCUUCACAGUCGCCUCGAUCUGAUUACUAUUUAAUAUAUGUUUUUGUGUCGAAUCUAAAUCUGAACCAUUUUAGAUCGUUAACAAUAAUUUCGUUUAAAAACCAGUAUUAUAUUAUUAAGUUAACAAAUACGUUCGGGACUUAUAGGCAAUACGCAAACCCGAUCAUGAUAUUACCAUUGUAAUUGUAUCGUAGGUUGUAUUUUUUUAUAAGCGGUUACUACAUUCAAAAACGGUUCGUUUUGCUCACGGAUGUAAAAGCUAAACUGACUUUUCGUCAUAAUCUACUAUCUGUUAGUCUUAGACUAUUUUGUUAUUAUUGAAUUACGCCUCGUAGGCGAAAAAAAUCGUUUCGUGAAUAUGGUAGCCGGCGAUUCAGUAUCUUUUAUAACGAUGAAUGUUUCUCUAAAUACUAGUAUUGGCUUACUCGUAUGUGGCUCAAAUUAUUAUUCUCAUCCGUAAUAAAGUUACACCAAAGAUUUUUAAUCGCUGUAAUGAUAGCUCGUGGUAAAUUUUCCAUUACGUAUUUCAUAGAGGCUAUAAUUUGACUGAUAUCAUUGUAAUUAUUUUUCUAGUGUUAAAUAAUGAUAGUAUACAUGAAUAUUAUCGGUAUGUCUCAAUUCGGUAUUUUAUACUUCAUUACUCGCGAACUACUGUACGGUGCAGUGCGUUUCUUAACGGUCGUCGGUACUUCUGUGUAUCCGGCUCUUGCAUUCCGUAUGGUUGCUUCGACAGUAGUCCAUCGUUCCGCGACAUUUAUCGAAAUCGAAUAUUUGAAUUCGACACGUAUAACAUUGCGCUUUCAUCAUAUCAUUAAAUUUAAGUAAAAUUAUAUUUAAAAAUCUUAUCGUAUUUCGAAAAUUCAACGCCGAAUUUACUUUGUUGAGGAUAUUUUCAUAUUUUAUAUCGAUCAGCCUGAUGCAAAAUGGCUAAAUAUAUAAUAGUGUUCGUAUAAUCGUAGUUUAUAUUCGUUUCUAUAUUAAUAUAUAUACAGUAGAUAGUGUUGCUCUUUUAAAAUUAUAUUUCGAGAUCGGUGGUGCGAAAUUUUAUCGACUGCGUAACCGUCUUAUAAAUAAACGUAAAUAUACGACGUAUUCCAUUCGGAUGUACAAAAAACGCGAUACGAUUAUCAUCAUCGUCAUCAGUACAAGUGAAGUCUGAAAACUCUAUAAUAAUACAAAUAUCGAUAUUAUUUAACUCGAAUCAAUCGAAUAUUUUAUUCGUUCGUCCAUCAUUAGUACAAAAAAUAAGUUAACGAAAUCAUAAACAAAAUUAAGUACCAAUUAUUGUCUUAACGUGUUAAUUACAUGAAGUUUAUAAAUAAGACGGUUAUCGGUUCUGUAGUUUGUAAGGACUUUUAUAUUCAUGAAUUAUUUUAAUUGAGGGAUUGUAUGUUUGGUUCCCAUAUAUUUGAUUGGAUAGAUUGCUAUAUUCCAAAAUGUCGUAUGUAAAAAUUGUGUACAUAAAAAGAAGUAAACGAAUUCUGCUCCUAGGGGUAUCUAUAUGGGUUGUGUCGUUACACCAUUGUUAGUCGACUACCACGAUUGUGAAUAUAAUAAUUUCACUGAAUAUUAUCAAGCUUCUUCUGACGGUAAUCGAAUAUUCUCCUAACAGAUACAUACUAGUAUAUGACUGAAUAUUUUGCCAAGAAAGAUUUAAGGCAGUUUUAAAUUAAACCUUACAGUUUCCUGACUAUUUUGCACUAACGUUCGCUACUGUACGCUAAUGGUAUUGUGUGUGGUCGUGUACUUUACUUUUUUCUUAUACUGUAUUAGUAUAAUAUCGAUAUGUUUUGAAGUAUCUAUGUAAACUUUAAAAGAACUUAACUGAAUUUUAUAAAAAUGUCGUACACUUUUUACUGUCGUUACUUUUACAUACGACCUUUUGCAGUUAUAGUUGUAAUUUAUUCUUAUAAAGGGCAAUGUUUUAUUUAGUGACGAGUUCUCUUUCUAGAAUGUUCUUGCAUUUUUUAUCAAUCUUGUUACGUAUGUAUUUACUAAAUCUUUGAUGUAUCUUAUUUAAUUAUUUAUUAUGUUAAACGAUAUAUUAGAAGUAGGUUAGUUAAGUCAAUUUUAAGGACCGCUCGCUGGACUUUAAACUUUCCGUAUAAAUUAGUUACCUCAGAAUGUAAUAGAAUUCGUCCCCUGUUAUAGGCAAUUAAUCGCAUAGACUUUAGGCAUAAACCGUAUUUUAAUAGAUAAUUUUCACUUUCCCUCUAAAUCGAUCGUUUAUUUUUGAAAAGCUAUUUCUCAGUCCCGCAUUCUGUAAAUUUCCAUAGAUCAGUGUUUAUACCAUAAAUAGUCGCCUUUGAUUUUACUUGAUAACUUUAGGUGAAUAAAAAAAAUGUGUUUAUGGAAAUGGUUCGGGGCGGAAUCAUAGACACAGAUAGAUAUUAAUGGGUGUGCGAUCUUUGUCGAUAUGUAAAAAGUCAACUUAGAAAUUCAUAAUGUUGGUGCGAUGAGAGUCAAUUUCAAGGCGUGCGUUACGUAGGAAAAAAACAUAAUGUGACUGUUUUGUGAUUGUCUCCUAAACGAACACAUUGAAACUAAACUAGACUAAAUCAUACUAAUUUCGUAGUGUCACAAAUAAUCGAAGUGUAUAAGUGUAUGCGUGUGUGCGUUAAGCUCUAACGCACGCACACGCACACGCACCCGGCGUAGGAGCGCGGUUCCGUUAAAAAGCCAAUUGAUAACCUUAGCUUAAUGACAUGUUAAUAUGACAAUAUUACCUAUCCUCGUGUGUCGUGUAACUGAAUCGAGUUUAAUGAAUUUACUCAGUAUUAAUCGUGUAUUGAUGUGAGAAUAGUUAUCUAUAAUACGUAGUUUCUUGUUAAAGGAAUCUGUCAAUUCGUUUUCAAUUAUAUUACUGUGAAUCAAUUAUUAGCAUCAAAUGAGUAGAGGGUAAACACAGGAUAGUGACGCUGCGUGCGUGAAAUUUAUGGUAAAAAACUAAAAUUAUGUUUGAUUCGAAAUGUUUGUAAGGUACAAAAAUGUUAUAUUAUUAAUUAUUCUGGUUUCACUUACUUUAAUGUCUAUAAGUUAACCUGAACUGUGACGUUGUGUCCCUUCUGUCCAUACUCACACGGGCUCAUUCAUCAUUAAAACUGGAACACAAAAAUACUAAGGAAAAUUUGACGGUAAAAUAUAUAGUGAGCGGUACCUAGCCAGACCGGCUUGGACAAAACCUUACCGCCAAUUUAUGAAGUUAUUGAAACCAGAAUAUUUGAUAAUGAUAAUAUUAUUUUGAACCCUUGCAGUUCUUAAAUAGUAACGAUACAAUCUGUUAACUAAAAGUAAGUUGCAUAUUAUGAAAAUAAUGAUUCUUAAACGUUCUUUAAGUGCAGCUUGUUGUGUAGUAUUAAAUUCCGUAAAGGGUGAAUAUGACAAUCGAUAUAUUGUGGCCUUUAACGGAAUUAAGGGCCAAUGUGUUAGUCAAUUUAGAGAAAAUACUCAAGACUGAACUAGAAAAGUGAAUUCUCAUUUGUUUUAAUGUCUAAUUUCAACGAAAAUCUCUCUAAAUUGAAAUGUAGCGCGAUAUUAAACUAUUAAAUACAACGACCAUCCAGUAAUACAAAAAAAAAAUUAUAAAAAAAAAUUACAUUUAACAUUAAUAAUAUUCUUUAAUAAGCUAAUUUUAAAAUUUAUUAAAGGAAGUUUUUCGUAAUAUUUCAUAAUUAUUUUGAACCAUAAUUCGAUUCUGAAACUUACCUUGCGUGAGUAAAAUUUUCUUGUUAAUUUAGGUAACUUGAAAACGGAAGUAUAUUAUCCUUUUAACAAACAUAUGCGACGGUUUAUUUCAUGAUCUUCAUUGAACAUCAACGUAUGCGUAUGCUAAGUUCGUUACUAAUUUGUAAGUGAUUCCGGUUAAAAUAAAUGGGACCACUGUUAUAAUAGCAUCGCAGCAUCAAACAGUCUUAGUUCUUCAGUCUGUUCUCUAAUAUUGUAAGGUUUUAAACGUCUUUUAACUUUCCAAUAUGACGAUAGAAAUGUCGUUAUUGAUCUUAUAGUACCGAUUCUCUUGUACACAAUAUCUUAACAAAAUAUUGCAAUACAAAAUCAAUAGCAUUUUAUUCGAGACAAAUGAAUCGAUUGUGUACAGCAGAAUUGAUACCACUGUCCGUCAUCAAUGAACAAUCCUGUGCUGUUAGUAGUAAAGUGUCUAAGCUACAGUUUGGUAAACGUCAGAGAUGACGUCAGAGAUGACGUCAGAACAUCUCACCCGAUUGUCUAUUACAAUGGAUGGAUCCGUUUUCAUGUUAAUUAAUUUCUCAUUUAUUUCCGAUGCAACUUGUGUGGUGUGAAAUGAUUGUAUAAAACGAUAUUGUAACAAUUCUUGUACUAGCUAGUUGUUAAUGCCUAGUUAUUUAUGACUAUUGUUGAUUAUGUAACUAAAAUGUAUCCAUUAGUAAAAUUUUA